AUGACGACUGUUCGCGCUUACACAGCAGCUUCUGAUUGCUACGAUCCAACCAGGCAACUUGUAUUAGGAAGAGCCCCAGUGUUUUCCCCUGACCAGGACUUAUACACACCUGGUACAACAGUUACAUUUUCAUGCAGUGACCAAAACGAUGAGUUAUUCGGUCCACCCUCCGCUAAAUGUCAAGACGAUGGAUCCUGGUCGCUUUACGCUCCUAACUGUUUACUUGCCUGUGACGAUCCUGGUACACCUAUUGGAGGAAGCCAAGUGGGGAAUCCAACCUACUCGUCCUAUACUGAUGUUCAGUUUCAAUGUGACGUCACUGCGGACGUCACGCCCCCUACUUUGGUUGGUGCAGAUACUAUAACUUGUGUGGACGGGCAGUGGAGUGGAGACGUCCCAUUAUGCUAUAGUAGCUGCCCGGAUCCUGGAGUGCCGAACUACGGCUCCCUGGUAACAGCAGCUCCAACAUUCGCCCAUGGGGAGACGUUGCAAUACAGCUGUGAAAACGGAUAUCAGCUCACAGGUUCUGACAUCAUAGCUUGUAACGACGGAAACUGGAGCGGCCCGAUCCCACAAUGCAAUGAUAUAAACGAAUGUUACAGUCUUCCGUGCCAGAAUAAUGGCGUGUGUAACGAUGAAAUUAAUAUGUACACGUGUACCUGUAUGGCUGGAUACCAGGGAAUUAACUGUGAAACAGACAUAGACGAAUGUGCCAGUAGCCCAUGUAUGAAUGGCGCUGCCUGUACAUCUCCUAGCAACAUGGUAGAUUUAUAUGUGUGUACAUGUGCCGAUGGCUGGCAGGGUACCAACUGUGAAAUAGAAGUUAACGAGUGCGCCUCAAAUCCGUGUCAGAACGCCGGUACUUGCAAUGAUCACAUCAACGAGUACACUUGUGACUGUCUAGCUGGUUAUGAAGGAACUCGGUGCCAAACAGGUCAGUCGUACGCAUUUAUGAAUAAUUUGUAA